ACAAACAUAUUUAGCUCUACAGUUUUAGUGAUAACACAUUGUUAUUUCGAUCCACGAAAAAAAACUUAGUUUAAUGUAAAUUUAUGUUUAAGUAAAAAUAUUGCUUCCGUUGCAUAAAGUUUCUUAAUCAAGUGAUAUUCUGUGUUAUUAAUAAGUUUAUUAGAUGUACCAGUUGAAAUGUCGAAAACAAUUAUAAGGGACUCAACUUUAGCACUGCGAGGUGCAGUAAAUGGUGCCUUUGCAAACCGUGAACCAUGGCAAGUAGCAGCAAUAACAACGACGACCGUUCUGAGUUUGGUCUGGCUUUGGAGUCUCAUAAAUCAGGAUGAAAGCAUUUAUACAAGACUGAAACGACGUGUUUUCAAAUUAACGCGGAAAAUUCCGAUGGUACAAGCAAAGAUCAACGAAGAAUUGGUAAAGUUGAAAAAGGAUUUUGAAAAUGACAUGUUGAAAAGUUGCGGAAACUUGGAAUACAUCACAAAAAUGCCCUUUGAAAGUAUGAACGAAGAGCAGAUUUUGAAGAAAUUGGACGAACACCUGCAACUUGGCAAUUAUAAAUAUAAAGACGGAAAAGUGUCUGGUGCUGUAUACACUUGCAAUCCAAAACUGGUCCAAAUGGUGAAGGAAGUUUAUGGCAAGGCAUCAUACACAAAUCCAUUACACUCUGACCUUUUCCCGGGCAUUUGUAAAAUGGAGGCUGAAGUAAUACGAAUGCUAAGUGGAUUGUUCCAUGGUGGUUCUGAUGCUUGUGGAUCCAUGACAACUGGAGGAACAGAGUCUAUUGUCAUGGCUUGCAAGGCGUACAGAGAUUAUGCACGUGAAGUUCGUGGAAUUAAACGUCCUAAUAUGGUUUUACCGGUUACAGCACACACAGCCUUUGACAAGGCAGGUCAGUACUUCAAUAUCUAUCGACGAACAGUUGCCAUUGAUCCACAAACAACCAAGGUUGAUAUCAAAGCAAUGGAAAAGGCUAUCAACAAAAAUACAAUUAUGCUUGUUGGGUCUGCUCCUAACUUUCCAUAUGGUACAAUUGAUGAUAUUCAAGCAAUCGCAAAGCUAGGCCUUAAAUAUAACAUUCCAGUACAUGUUGAUGCUUGUUUGGGAGGAUUUAUUAUUAUUUUCAUGAAACGUGCGGGAUAUCCUCUGAAGCCGUUUGAUUUUGCAGUCAAGGGAGUAACUAGUAUUUCAGCCGAUACUCACAAAUAUGGUUUUACGCCAAAGGGCUCGUCCGUUAUUUUAUAUUCGGAACCAAAAUAUCGUCAUUAUCAAUUUACUGUGAGCACUGACUGGCCAGGAGGCAUAUACGGAUCUCCGACGGUGAAUGGAUCAAGGGCAGGUGGUGUUAUUGCUGCUACUUGGGCAACGAUGUUAUUCCAUGGCGAAGACGGUUACACUGAAUCGACCAAGAGAAUUGUAGAUAUUACGAAAUACAUUGAAAACGGAUUACGAAAAAUCAAGAACAUUUAUAUUUUUGGAGUACCUGACACUUCUGUCAUUGCUUUUGGAUCGAAAGACUUCGACAUUUACCGUCUUUCGGAUGCACUCAACAAAAAAGGUUGGAAUUUGAACGGCUUACAAUUUCCUCCAGGAUUGCAUAUUUGUAUCACUGACGUUCACACGCAAGAAGGUAUUGCUGACCAAUUCGUGAAUGAUGUUAAAGAACAAGUUGCUGAAAUCAUGAAGAAUCCGGGACAAGUUGUGGAAGGGAAAAUGGCAAUUUAUGGAGUUUCUCAAGCUUUACCUGAUCGAUCUUUAGUGGGAGAUUUUAUUAAAUUGUUCUUAGACUCUCUCGUGUACACUCCUCAACAAAACCAUACAAGUGGAAAAUAAAAAUGAGACAUCGGCAACAUAAUUUUUUUUUUUAAUUUUUAGCAAAGGCAUUAACAUAAUUAAAAGAGCAAAUAUAGUCAUAAAAUCAAUUUUAGUCA